AUGUCUUCCCUUCUAGCCUUCCUCGCUCUACUGGUGGUCAUCUAUGCAGCAUUGGCCUUAUUUCUUAGACGGAAAACGUCUUCGCUUUUUCCUCCCUCGGUUCCGAGCGCUCUACCCUGGAUUGGGUCUGCGUUGAGUUAUCUAUCUAACCCCAAGGAGUUCUUGGCGCGUUGCCAAAAGCAGUAUGGUUCAGUGUACAAGUUACUGCUCGGCGGCCGAGAAGUUAUCGUUUUUUCGUCAACGGCUGCAAUUUCAUCUGUCUAUGCAUCAGAGGACGCUGCGCCACAAGCCAUGCAUAAUCAGAUCUUCCGUGCGUUCAUUGGACGCUACCCAAAAGACACUGGGUUCAGCGUGGAGAAAGCGAUUUUUCCAUUGCUGGAUCAAGUUUUUUCCAAGCGUUCUCUAGAGGACCUGGUUCAGCCACUCGCCCAAAUGGUAUUCGCGAGAGUCAGGAACCUUACUCAAAUGCGGAGUACGCAAGUAUCACUCAUGACUUUCCUUGCGGAGCCACUGUACUUUGCAGUCAACGUCGUGCUCUUCGGGAACGGGUAUCCCUCUGACUCCUUUGAUGAUUUCCGCGUAAUGGAUGAGACCAUGCCUGAACGUUUCUUUGGAAAGCCGUAUUGGUUUUUGCCCUCCGUUCGAGCUCGUAGACGCUUGAUCCCCCGGGGUAUCGACUACGUCCAGAAAAUGCGGACCUCGACAAAUAGUAGUGCGCUGGGCUCGGAUUUCAUCCAAACUCUGCAAAAGAAGGGUGUCUCUCCAGAGGAAGCAGCCUGCCAUCUACUUACGUUUUCGUGGGGUCUACAUGCCAACACCCAAGGCACAAUAUUUUGGUUUUUCCUGUUCUUGCUUAGCGAUCCGGUUGCUCUUGCUGCUGUGCGGGAUGAAGUUGACAGAGCUAUCAAGCACGAAUUCGGAGACUUACAUGGGUUCUUGGUUGACGCUAAUUUCAAGAAUCUGGAUGGGCCCUCCUUCACGCUACUCACAUCCGCAAUAAUGGAAGUGAUGAGGCUUACCGCCACGUUCAUGGGCCUUCGUACCGCCACCUCUGAUUUCAACCUGAAGGACAGUGAUAAGCUAGUCCCGGUACGGAAGGGAGAGUAUCUUCUGGGGAACGUCGAUGCCGUCCAUAUGGAUGACAGCGUAUACCCCAAUAGCCAUGCCUUUGUGUAUGAUCGGUUUGUUUACUGCGAGGGGAAACUCAGGACAGAUGGAAAACCAUGGUUUUCUUUCGCUGCUGGGAGACACAUGUGCAAGGGCAGGUACCUUGCCAUGUAUGAGCUAAAAGUCUCAGCGAUACUAUCGCUCUACCUGUUUGACAUUACACCAGUGGGAGGGCCUCCGCCGCCGUGGUGGCCACCAAGAUCGCAGCGGGUAAAUCUUGGUUUCCCUCGCAUGGAGGAUAUCAUAGUUCAGUUGCAUCCCAGAGACGUGGCAGAAGGUAUUUAG